GCUUGUGUAGAAUCAGUUGUUUUUUUCCUCCACUCAUUCACUGCAUUUUUCCAGACGGCGUGUGCAAACUUAGGCUCCGUACCUCACUGCCUGCCACCCAUAUCUCUGUCUUUCUCAUCUCUGAUUCAAUUAUUCAUUCCUUCUGAUGCUUUGUGGAUGCAAAUCAGGCAUAUUCCAGCCUCUGAAUCCAACCUUCCUGUCCGUUCCUCUUCUCCUCUUAUCCCUGUCUCAGCUGCACUCUUCUCCGAUCCCUAUCCAUUAGAAAUGUGGUGCUCUGUGGUUCUGGUUCUCUGUGGAUUCUCUGCUUUGGUCCAGGUGUCGGUGCAGGGCCCUCACCAGAGGACCCUGUUGAAGAACCUACUGAAGGACUACAAUCGUAUGGAGAGGCCGGUGGGCAACGAUUCACACUCCCUCACCGUCUUCUUCUCUAUCAGUCUGAUGCAGAUCAUGGAUGUGGAUGAGAAGAAUCAGGUCGUCACCACUAACAUCUGGCUUCGGAUGAGCUGGUUUGAUCAUUAUCUUAAGUGGAACCAAUCUGAAUACCCUGGAGUGAAAAACCUUCGGUUCACAACUGACCAGGUGUGGACGCCAGACAUCCUUCUCUAUAACAGUGCAGACGAUGACUUUGACUCUACCUUCAAGACCAAUGUGCUGGUUAACUCCAGUGGCUUUGCAGAGUAUCUCCCUCCAGGGAUUUUCAUGAGCACAUGUAACGUGGACGUACGUUGGUUCCCCUUCGACAUCCAAAAGUGUGAGAUGAAGUUUGGCUCGUGGACGUACGAUGGCUGGCUGAUGGACCUACAAAUGAAUGAGGCCGACAUCUCCGGGUACAUGUCCAACGGGGAGUGGGACCUAGUGGGAGUGCCAGGUACUCGUAGCGAGGUGUUCUAUGACUGCUGUAAGGAGCCCUACCCUGAUGUGACGUUCGUUGUGACCAUCCGCCGGCGCACUCUCUACUACGCUCUAAACUUGCUCAUCCCCUGUGUGCUGCUAUCCUCCAUGACCCUGCUUAUCUUCCUACUGCCUGCCGACUCCGGAGAGAAGAUCUCUCUGGGUAUCACUGUGCUGCUCUCUCUCACUGUCUUCAUGUUGCUGGUGGCAGAGAUCAUGCCAGCCACUUCAGAUUCCAUCCCUCUCAUAGGACAGUACUUUGCCAGUACUAUGAUCAUUGUUGGGAUGUCAGUCAUAGCUACAACAGUGGUGCUGCAGUAUCAUCACCACGACCCAAAUGGAGGACAGAUGCCCAAAUGGGUUAAUGUGGUCCUACUGCAGUGGGUAGCAUGGUUCCUACGUAUGAAGCGCCCAGGGGAGAGUGAUGACCCAGAGCGACCACCCUGCGCCCCCAACCUACGGCGCUGCUCCUCAAGCUCCCAGAGCGGUAGCAUCCCUAACCCUCCAGACCCCACACUCCACCCCCAGAACCUGGUCCCUCUCCAGGCUGGCCCCCAGCACUUGGGUCAUUCCCAUCUUCACGCCCAGUCCAGCGCCAACAACAAUGGAAACCUGCUCUACAUUGGCUUCCAGAAUCUGGACGACCCCCCACUGCUUCCAGAUCACAUCCAGAAUUACAGCAUCUCGGCCGGGCCUCCUCGAGUAGCAGGCAGUCCCCCUCCCCAUCUGCCACCUCCAUUCUGCAGCCCUCCGCCACCCCCCACCCCCAACGGGGACACCGUGGGCUGCCCUAGUACCAUUUCCAGUGGCGGAGUUUUCGGAAUGGGGGGUGGAGGACAGUACUCAGCAGGGCGUAUAGGCGACCCCCAGCUCCAGGCUAUUCUGGAGGAAGUGCGUUACAUGGCGGACCGCUUCCGUGAGCAGGAUGAGACGGAGAGCGUGGCUGACCAGUGGAAGUUUGCGGCAGCAGUCAUCGACCGGCUCUGCCUGGUGGCCUUCAGUGUGUUCAACAUCAUCUGCACCAUCGCCAUCCUCAUGUCCGCUCCCAACUUUGUGGAGGCCGCCUCCAAGGACUUCUUCUGAGGAAGAAGAGGAUGGGGCAGAGGAGGAGGAGAUAUUACGAGUGAGAAGAGAACUGGGGGGGAGAAAGAGCAGGAUGUGGAAUGAUUUGGGGCUCAGUCUAAGAGGGCUAUUGUCGGGGACAACAGACCCUCCUGUCAAGAUGAGGGGGGUUCUUUGGAGAUGUCUCAAGUACAUCUCAAGAUGGUCUGUUGAAGUCUAUCAAGGACCUCUGAUGAAAUGGAACAGGAUGGGGAGGGAUGAGUUUAUGGGAGAAGAAUCCAAAAAGGCAUGGUUCAAGGACUGUAGAGGGUGAAGUCAAUUGUAUUGAACUAUAAGGCUUUCUCAAAGACCUAUAAGAAGUGAAGGUGAGCAGGACGGGCAAUAAGAAAAGUGAAGUAUGGGAUAAUUCAACCUGAGAUUGGGAAGAUUGCAGUCCCUAGAGCGAGAGAUAAAAAAAAAUAUA